AUGGCACUAGCACACGCCGUCGCCACGGCUCGCGGAGACACGCUCGCAACACAGCGGUGCGAUCUUUUGGCUCGAGAGAACGAGUAUCUAGAUCCCAACCCAGACCUGCACUCACUCUUCCAGGAGUACAACCGCAUGUUCUUCGAAGGUCGAUUGGCCGGCUGUGAGGUCAAGUGGAGCAGGCGCAUGACACUCUGUGCUGGACUGUGCAGUUUCCAGCCUCGUAGCGGCUUCUGUUCGAUUCGGUUGAGUGAGCCAUUGCUGAAGCUUCGACCACGCAGCGACAUGGUCAACACUCUACUGCACGAGAUGAUCCACGCGUACGUGUUCGUAGCGACUCCCGUGCGCGACCACGAGGACCACGGACCACUAUUUCAAGCGCACAUGAACCGGAUCAAUGAAGCUGCGAAGACCGAGAUCACGGUCUUUCACACUUUUCACGACGAAGUGAACUCAUACCGACAGCACGUGUGGCAGUGCAAUGGCCCGUGCCGACACACUCGUCCGUACUUUGGCCUUGUCAAGCGGUCGAUGAACCGAGCGCCAGGACCGACAGAUCGCUGGUGGGCUGACCACGAACGAAGUUGUGGUGGCAGCUACACUAAAAUCAAGGAGCCAGCAGAGUUCACAGCCAAGCAGGCGAAGAAGAAGGAGAGAGAACUCGCUCGUGCGGAAAAGCAGAAGCAGAAAGAAAAAGUAGCGAAAGCUGCACCGAGUGUGAAGCAGUUUUUCCCGACCAUAAAGGAGGACGGUGAUACCGAGAACAGUAAAGCGAAAAGACCGCCUACAAAGCCUCCGAGUGCUGGAAAGAAUCAACCUGAUGCUGGAAACGAUAGCUACAAGAAGCGGAAGAAAGAGCAGGAUGGCGAUACAAAGAGUUCAGGCUGGCCAAAGCUCAAGUUCCUGUCCUCAACUCCCGUCGUUCUCUCUGCCUAUGAUGAAGACGGAUACCUCCUAGUGGGGGAUGUCCAAGCUCUCUAUCAGACUCCAUCAUCACAGCAAUUUACUCUUGGUGGGCGUGAUAGAGAUCGACUGGAGCCACCCGACCAACUUCGAGGUGACGAAGCCGCUGGAGCACGCACUGCUGGGUCUUCUGUUGUAGAUCUGACUGUCUCUGACAGUGACGAUAGUGAUAACGAGCAGUUGCAGCAGGCAAUCAGACUCUCACUGGCGGCUCCACGUCCGACUUCAACAAGCGAUAGUUUACUGAAAACAGGGACAGGAGAGGAGGACGUUAUUGAGAUUGACUUGCGUUAA